UGAGUAUGUCUAACUUUGGGUCCAUCCUACGAGCAACUGUUUUUUGCCAUUUUAUCGCAAAGCGCUAGAGUAGUUCAAAUGUGCCUGUAGUAGUUCUUAAGAUACAAAUUUAAUCUAACCUAAAACCAAUACAUUUGUCAGGUCAGUUUAUUUAUUCUCAAAGUCAUCGAUUACACUUUACAGUAACAAAUCUACCUCCCAGCUGUUCAUAGUUAUCCAAAAUGAACGAAACUACUGAAAUUCGAGAACAUGUGUUACAACUUAUGAAGCAAAAAGAUGACAUUGAAAACACCAUCAAGGAAUUAACAGAAAUUCUUACUAAAAACGGAGUUGGAAUGAAUGAUCCCUUAGUAGAUCAAGAUGGAUUUCCAAUUUCUAGUAUCGACAUUUAUCAAGUGAGGCACGCAAGGCAUAGAAUUAUUUGUUUGCAGAAUGACCACAAAUCAUUAAUGAAACAAAUAGAAAAUGGUUUACACGGCUAUUAUAGCAGUUCCACACACUUACCGGCAAAUAACAGUUUGCGUGAAGAGCAAGCAAGUCACGUGGGGAACAGUGUAACUAACAAGACACCUUUUGCAAAGGUUACGAUUGUAAGCCCUGGAUCACCUGCGGAAAUUGCUGGAAUUCAGGUUAAUGAUCUGAUAGUCGAAUUUGGAUCUGUAAAUUUUUCAAAUUUUAACAACAUUGUUGAUAUUGCAAAUGUUGUUCAACACUCAGAAGGGCAGCAAUUAUAUGUUAAACUUCAGCGGGGUGACAGGUAUAUUACAACGUAUUUGAUACCGAAGAAAUGGACAGGAAAAGGUUUGCUUGGUUGUAAUAUUGUCGCAUUGUAAUUCUUGAUGAUAAUUAAUUGAUAUUGUGAUUUUGGGCUUUGAAUUUUACAAUAAAGUAACAAAAAUUAA